CAUACAAUUUGGAAUAUAAAUAUACACAACCAUCUUCGUCAGACGAAUUGUUUUCCUCCCAUCAUCACUAGUCACGACCAAACACAAAAAGGAAGAAAGAGAGGCACACACACGGCAGUGGCAGAACCGUAAAUAGAAGAUGUCGAAAGAUUGUGGUAACCACGGUGGCGGCAAAGAAGCAGCUGUCCGGCGAAUCUGCGCCGCCGUAAUCGCCUUUAUCAUCAUAGUUCUAGUCACCAUCUUCCUAGUUUGGGUCAUACUCAGGCCCACUAAGCCAAGAUUCGUCCUCCAAGACGCCACCGUCUUCGCCUUCAACCUCUCGCAACCAAAUCUCCUCACCACAAACUUUCAAGUCACAUUCGCAUCUCGUAACCCUAACUCCAAGAUCGGAAUCUACUACGACCGUCUCCACGUCUACGCUACUUACCGGAACCAGCAGAUAACUCUCCGGACAGCUAUUCCUCCGACGUAUCAAGGCCACAAAGAAGAUAACGUCUGGUCUCCGUUUGUUUACGGAACCGCUGUUCCGAUCGCUCCGUACAACUCCGUCGCGUUGGGAGAUGAGCAAGGUCGUGGGUUCGUAGGGUUGAUGAUACGAGCCGAUGGGCGCGUGAGGUGGAAAGUAGGGACGUUGAUCACAGGGAAGUAUCAUCUACAUGUUCGGUGUCCGGCUUACAUCAAUCUUGGAAACAAAGCUGCUGGUGUUCUUGUCGGCGAUAGCGCCGUUAAGUAUACAUUGGUUACUAAAUGCAGUGUGAACGUUUAGAACUUUGACGGAGUUAAUUGUAAAUCUACUUACGUUGAAAUAAAAUGGAGGAUUGGGUCUGCU